UUUACUCAGUGUUGUGUUGGUUGUCACUAUGAAGGCGACAUUGCUUCUUUGGUUUGCUUUGCUAAGCUGUGUUUCUUUACUGGUGGGAGCAAAAUCAAUCAAAUCGAAGCAUGACGAACAGAAGGAGGCAGAUGCAAAUAAAUGCACCUGUGAAAUACCAGCAGACGAACAACAGAGGAUACAACAAGAAAACUGCGAUUGUUCCAAGCAGGAUAUGAAAAAAUGUCAGAGCGACGACAAAAAGAGCUGCGAUUGUCCGUCAGCGAGUAAAACGGAGAAAGGUGUCAAGUCUGAGCAAUGUCAGUGCAAGAAUGCUGAUGACACAGAAAAGAAUGAUAGUCACAGAAACAGCACUAAGCGAUGCGACUGCAAUUGCAGUCCACGCUCCAAGUCAGGACGUGCAGCUGUAUCCCAAGAGACAGAUAACCCAGGUAUCUUGGCAGUUGCACCCAUAAUGCAGCAAGCAGACGGCAGUCAGCCGCAAGGGGGGAGAAGGGGAAAGGGAUCCAAGAAAUGUUGCUGUUGUGACUGCUGCCAUGACUGCUGCUGCCACUGUUGCGAGCCAUGCUGUUGCUGCUGUCACUGCUGUGAGCCGUGCUGCUGUUGCUGUCACGAGUGUUGUUGCCCAUGCUGCUGCCACUGUUGCCAUUGCUGCCCCUGCUGCUGCCACUGCUGCUGUAAGAAGUCGGAGUCCUCGGCACAAGCACCAAAUGCGGUGGACCCACUUAUCGCUGGUGCGCACGUGAAGCCACAGCAUCAUUAAAAACGAAAAUUCCAGUGAAACGAUGUCGUUACCGGCCUAAUUCACUUAUUAAUAAAAUGACUCUCGAGAAAACCCUGUCAUUGCCACAAUAUUAUGAUGAAAGUAACAUUGACCAUGUGUAGUGGAAGUGUCAGUUCAAAAUAAAUAUUUGAAUUGUUGUCAUAAUAAUGUCUUUCUCUUACUGAAGUUGCUAAAGAAAUGUUCGUAAGCUACCGUUUUAGAUAAAAGGCAAUGUGAGCUUUGUUACUAACUUGGUAAUGAACCACGAGUAUAUACCACCUUCACGACAAAGAUAACCCAACUUCGAUCCUAGACUCGGAAAAACACUGACAACUGCUCUUACAAAGCUUCACGUCUGUAAAUAAUUUCCUUUCAAAAGAAACAAAAGUAAAAUUGUUGAGCCCAAAGUUAACUUCUUUCCAUCAGACGUAACUUAGAAGUUAAAGUUUUGCAACCCUUACGUGAUACUCAGCAAAUUUGAGAAUUUGCACAAAUGCUGGGAGAAGAGAGGUUCAAACCAGACGAAUAUUAGCACAUGGGCGCGAUAAGCACUGACCUGUUUGGGUCAAAACAUCAUUUAGGGCUGUCAACAACUACAGAAAUUGACAAUAGACAUUAAAGCGCAUGCUCAGAAAUAUGAGGGAAAUACCCUUUGGACUCUUGUGGUGUAGGUGUCGUGAUUUACAAUUCUGUAGUUUUCGGUUUUCAAAAUGCAGCUCAUUUGCAUUUUUCUUUGCAACGUAUUCCACGAUUCUACGUCAGCUCCACAAAAAUCAAACAACAAAUGAUUACUGUUAAACUAAUUUAGAAGUGUGAGUAAUACAAUUGCUCAUACUUUCCAAGUAUUUUUCUUCAAUAGUCAUUAUAAAGACAUUGCAAAAUUA